AAUCCUGAACCGCUUCCCCUUCUGACGACAUCAAUGCUCUUCCGGGUGAAUAUAGCGGUGUCAAAGUAGCAACGUAAACAGAAAGGUCGGUUUAAUUUUUAUCUGCUUUGGUUUACCAGUUCCAACAUUUCUUCAUCCGAAUCUCUCCGAGACCCCAAAAUCUUAAAUACAACACAAUUAAGUUUGUUUAUGCUGGGACGCCAUGCUAAAGGUAGCUUAUUGUGAUCAGCGGGAAGUUUUGCAGGAGUUAAGAUGAGGAAAGGUGAGCAGGUAUGGGCUCUGUCCGCUGGGGCUUCCGCUGCGGGUCGUGGACACCGAGCAGGUCCGAAUGGUUGUUUGCUGCUCGGUGUGUCCAGCAAGAAGAGAAGGACAGGAUCGGACAGUUUGUCUUCGCUAAGGAUGCUAAGUCAGCGAUGGCUGGCCGGCUGUUGCUCAGGAAAUUUGUUUGUGAGAUGAUGGGAAUCCCCUGGACACAGAUCAGAUUAAACCGAUCCCCUCGAGGGAAACCAUAUCUGGCUGCCCCUCUCCAGGUCAGUACUGGUUCUGAUCCACCCUGGAGUUUCAACAUUUCCCACCAAGGCGACUAUGCUGUGCUUGCUGCACAGCAGGGGGUGCAGGUUGGAGUAGAUGUGAUGAAGACCACACUGCCAGGUAGCAACUCCAUCCCGGAGUUUUUCCGCAUCAUGACUCGUCAGUUUACAGCGCACGAAUGGAGCACCAUCCAAUCAGCCGGCUCGGAGCGCCAGCAGCUUGCCGCGUUCUACCGCCACUGGACCCUGAAGGAGAGCUUCAUCAAGGCCAUCGGCACAGGUCUGGGCUUCAACCUGCAGAGGGCGGAGUUUCACCUGCCGCCCGAGCUGCUCACACAGGGCACGGUGCUGCGCCAGACCAAGAUGCAUCUGGAUGAGGAACCAGAGGAUUUGUGGAUAUUUGAAGUAAUUUCAAACCCUGUCCUGACGUGUCUGUCGGUGUGCUCCCGCAGGAGAGCCUGCUGGACGCCGACCAUCACGUCGCCGUUGCACUCGGACCAGCGGACGAGGCCGGCUCCGCACCUCUUCCUCCUCCCGCCACGUUCACGCUGCUGUCGUUCGGCGAGCUCAUCGCCUCGGCCUCGCCGCUGACAGAAGAAGACACCGCCUACUGGGAUAGCUUCAGGAUGAAGGCCGAGGCUCCGCAGAGACAGAGGGAUACACAGAUAUCUGGCUGACAACCUGUCUCACGCUGACAUUCACCUGCCCAACACACACACACACACACACACACACACACACACACAAACCUUUCAGAAGUGCCAAAGAGGAAACACAAGUUCACUGACAUUGAAGCUGCUUUCUUAUUCCACACAAGUCCAGUCAAGUGCUGUCAAGUUUCUUUGCAGAGCUAAAAAUCAGAAGUUUGCCUCCAAGUAAUCGGCACCAUCCAUCUUUGGAACUCUGCCGGUCAGGGAACGUCUUUCAACUCGCAGAAGCUGUUCAACUUUUCAUGCUCUUCGGAUUUGCACCAUGUUUUUUUUCCAGUUGUUUUCCAGUAUUUUUUUUCAGCAUGGUGAGGAUCUUUCUAAAAAAAAAACCCUUAUUGAUAUUUGAAAGAUAAGUGGAAGAUAAAUGCAUGAACUUCUUCGACCAAGAUAAAUUAUGGUACAGAAGCUUAGAUAUUUACUUUUCUGACAUCUGAACUCACAGAUGAAACAUAUAUUUCUACAGGAUUUACGGAUUUAUUUCCCAAAGUGGUCUAAGUAUUAAUUUUUUAUUAAUUUCUUUUCCAUGGCUCUCAUGAUACAGUAUGUUAAUUUGUCAAAAUCUGGCCUAUAAUGUUGCAUUCAAUUAUAAAAUAACAAUGUUAAUAAUAUCAAUGACUGAUGCAUUUCCCUCACUAAAGACUCUGGAUAAUACUGAUGUAAAAUUUCAGUAGAAAUACUUCUGCUUUCUUACUUCUGUGCAUUUAUUUAUUACAGAGUCCUUUAUUUCACAUUCUCUAGGCUUUUUCAGGCAGUUCCUUGCAAAGUCUGGAGAGGAGUGGAGUGGAUGUGUUGUUCAGGUUUGUUCCAAACUGCAAAGGCGAACAUUUACUGCAAACAACGACAUAAACAAGAGCCGAGAGCAUCUGGUUUUCACAACGAAUGAGAAAAGAUGCAAAAGUGUGCACAAGAAUUCUCUCUUACUGGAGGACUGCUCACGUAAUCCUAAAGCGAACGAGGCAUACUUGGAAAAAAAAAAAGGAAACUUUUCCUCAAACCUUCUUGCGUACUAAAGCCUUCUGAUUUUGAUCACAAAUUUCAAAUCUGUGUUCAGUCCAGUAGCUUCCCUACAAAACUGUCAGACUUUUAGCAUGAUAGGUGAUCAAGACGGGACCAGAACUUAAAAGACGAAAACAGCAGCAGCAGCAGUCCUUGCCUGCAGCUGCGGUGAGUUUGUCUCUUUUUGUCUAUAAAAAAAAACAAAACAAAAAAAACUUGCUUUCUCUGCAGCUGAGAGGAUGAGCAGAGGCAGACAGAGGUCAGACAGGAGUCAAAGAGGCUCCUUUUUCUCGUGUCAUGUUUAGUGUAAUACCACAGAAAUACUCUUCUUCUUCUCCCCCAGGUGUGGGCUGGAGGCAGGAACUCUUUCAGCAUCAGUGUAGCCUGAGGCUCGCUCUGCUGGCGAAGGUGAUUGAUGUUUUCUUCUAAUGGAAGAGUAUUUGGUGCCACAAACGCUUACAGAGAUCAUGUUGUUGAAAUUAAUUCAGAAUUAUGUACGCGCACUCGCAACACGGAUCAAAACUGCAGCAAAAUGAUGUUCAUGACAGAAAGUAAUGCUUCCAACAGAGGCGUGUUUUCCCUUUUUGGUCCCACAAGCCACACUUUGUUUAAUUUGUUUAAUUAGUGAGAACAAUGCGUUCACACAAAUCCUCUUUUUCAAGUAUGCAAUGAUAUUUGUCUCGACGCACAAGUGUUCUUAAAAUAAACCACAGCCUAAUGAUGACUCCAAUUAGA